AUGUCUUACACCUCAUACUCCGAUGCGCGUAUUUCGCGGACCUUCCGGUCCAUUCCGCGCCUCGCCCUGAAAUCUCCAGAACACGAAGUCGCUUUUCGAAACGAACAUGUCGUGCGAGCGAAGACGACUCUAAUUCUCAAACCUGCCCGCAAUGAUAGCUCGGAGGUCGGAUAUCGCAUCGUCCAUGAAGAUGGCACCCCCGCUUUUACCGUGACCGGUCGGAAAUUCGGCGAUCGCUCCAGUCGAGAGUUCCGCGAUAUGUCGGGUCUGCCUUUAUUCGAUAUACACAGAUGGUCGGCGCUUUCGAUCCCAUUUCAUUGGUAUCUCACAAUGCCCGGCAGCGAUAGGAAAUCGAAAAUAGCCACGGUUGACACGCAAACGUCGUUGAAGGGCGGCGAUUUAAAAUUCACUUUUCAAAAUAUGGCUGCUAGUGAUUUGAAAAUGGAGGGUGAGAAAGAUGUCACGCUCAUGGUGAGGCGACAUGGCGAAGCACUGAGACUCUUUGAUAUUGUCGAUGGAGAUCGAAGGAUUGGUGAAGUGCGAGAGAGCAUUCACCACAAUGAGAGGCUAUAUUUAACCAAACGCUCGAGACGGCAGGGAUUUCGACCGGCUCUUGAAGUUAUCAUCGCUCCCGGCGUAGAUGCCACUCUGGUUGGGGCUAUUGCAGUAAUAUUGUCUGAUUGGUAUUUUGGAAGCGGCUAA